UUUCAUUCAUUAUGAUCCGUCGUGUUCUCUUGUCACUCGCUUUACAGUGCAUGGUCACCGGGACCAUUGCCAACCCCGACACUCUUUCACACAACUAUGACGAGCGUGGCCUGUUCGGCGAUUCGGAGUUCGAUUAUGUGGUCGUUGGUGGCGGUACAGGUGGAAACACUAUUGCAACUCGACUGGCGCAGAAGAAUUUCAAGGUGGCAGUGAUUGAGGCUGGAGGAUCAUAUGAACUCGAGUCGGUGGCCGAGGUGCCUGCUGCGGACGUGCUUCCAGUUGGGUCGGAUCCAGAAACAGCUGCUGCUCACGACUGGGGAUUCGUCGCAGAGAAUGUCCCUGGUGCGAAUGGCCGGUCCAUUCACUAUGCUCGGGGUAAAUGUUGGGGUGGAUCCUCCGCGAUGAACUUUAUGAUCUAUCAACGGCCGACCAUCGAGUCCAUGGAGCAAUGGGCCACUGCCGUCAACGACAGCAGCUACACCUUCGACCAGACGCUGCCCUUCUACAAGACCAGCGUGAAAUUCACUCCCCCUAACACUCAGAUCCGGGCCAAGAAUGCCACCGCUGGCUAUGAUGCCAGCGCGUAUGAAUCCACUGGUGGUCCGUUGAAGGUGUCGUACGCGAACUACGCCAUGCCCUUCUCGACAUGGAUGGACCUCGGCAUGAAAGCCAUUGGUAUCAACGAGACGCAGGACUUCAACCUGGGCUCACUGAUGGGCGGCCAGUACUGCGCAUCAACCAUCGACCCCAGCGGCGAGAUCCGGAGUAGUUCCGAAGAGUCAUUCCUUGCGAACAAACCGUCGACACUGACCACGUAUGCAAACACCCUCGCCAAGAAGAUCAUCUUCAACAACCAGAAACAGGCGACCGGCGUGCAGGUUAAGGGCUCCGGGGGUAACAUCUUCACCAUCAAGGCAAACCGCGAAGUUAUCGUCUCCGCGGGUGCCUUCCAGUCUCCCCAGCUGCUCAUGGUGUCUGGAGUUGGUCCGCAAGACCAGCUCGAGGAACACGGCAUCCAGGUCGUGGCUAACCGUCCAGGCGUGGGCCAGAAUAUGUGGGAUCACCCGUUCUUUGCGCCUUCGUAUCGUGUCAACGUGCAGACCUUCACCGCGAUCGCCAAUGACUUCCUAGGUAUCGUCGGCCAGUUCAUCAACAUGGUCGGCUUCGGCAACGGCCCACUUACCAACCCUAUCUCGGACUACCUCGCUUGGGAGAAGAUUCCAGCGGCUCUGCGUAGUGCGUUUAGCAGCCAGACUACCAAGCAACUGGCUACCUUCCCGAGUGACUGGCCUGAGGCGGAGUACAUCUCCGGUGCCGGAUACAUGGGAAACGUGUCCAACCUGCUCACCACCCAGCCCCAAGAUGGCUACCAGUACGCCUCCAUGCUGGCGGUACUCAUCACCCCGACCUCCCGCGGCAACAUUACGCUUCGCUCUGCUGACACCGAUGACCUCCCCGUCAUCAACCCCAACUGGCUCGCCACUCAGUCCGACCAGGAGGUCGCCAUCGCCAUGUUCAAGCGUGUCCGCGCGGCCUUCCAGAGCCAGGCCAUGGCGCCAGUCGUCAUUGGCAAGGAGUAUAACCCCGGUCUGGAGGUACAGUCGGACGAGCAGAUCCUCCAGUGGAUCAAGGAUAACGUCAUGACGCUCUGGCAUGCCGCUUGUACGUGCAAGAUGGGCACUUCUGAUGAUGAGAUGGCAGUGGUGGAUAGUCAGGCUAGGGUGUAUGGAGUCCAGGGUGUGAGAGUCGUGGAUGCGUCUGCAUUCCCGUUUCUGCCGCCGGGACAUCCCCAGUCUACCGUCUAUAUGCUUGCGGAGAAGAUCGCCAACGCUAUUAUCAAUGGGGCGUGAUUCCUAUACUUC